UCCGGUUUAAACAGUCACAUUUCCGCCAUCAAGCACGCCGGUACUGAGAAUCAAACCAAAGAGCAAGCGUAACACCAAUUUGCAGGGAAAUCGCAGCCAUAAAACCACAACCAGCGCAGGGGUUGGGUGUAAAACCUUCACAGACCACGCCGGGAUGUUCAAACUCGAGGGGUUAGGGCCGAAAAUGGACCCAGAGGAGAUGAAGAAAAAGAUGCGACAGGACGUCAUCUCGUCCGUGCGCAAUUUCCUAAUCUAUAUUGUCCUUCUCAGAGCCACUCCAUAUAUUUUGAAGAAGUUGGACAGCAUUUGAGACCAUCUACCUCUCCAGUAUUCCCACACUCCAUUUACUGCAUCAAGCACAAUGGACAUAACGAUGACAGGGGAACAAAGCUAAACACCAUCAUAUGGAUCCUAUAUGGAAUACUUAUUUAUAGGCUUCAAUGAAGACAGUGCGUUUUGUCCCACAUAGCACUUGAACACUAAGUAGUUGUCAGUUGUAGUUUUCAAGAUGUCCUCUGUUUUUGUUUACGGUUAGUGCUCAGUAACAGAAAAACAUCUGAUUGCAUUUUGGUUUUGAGUGAUACUGUACCUCCAUUUGCAAUGGUCCCUAACAAUAAAUGAGAGUGUUGUAAUUGAA